GAAACAAAAGGAUCGACGAGGUUUUUGUUGGAGCAGUAAUCAGGAGACAUUUUUCCAUUCUGUCGGGGACGAAAAUAAAGAACUGUCUGGCUUUUGCAAUUCUCAGGAUUCGGUGAACUUGUGAAGGAAUAUCGGGCCAUGAGAAAGCAAGUUCUAUCUCUAACGGAAAUCGCGGCGGUCAGAAUACGCCACCUUUUAGAGCAGCGCCAACGUGAUUUCCUCAAGCUUGGUGUCAAGGCUCGUGGCUGCAACGGCUUAUCCUACACUCUCAAUUAUGCCGAUGAGAAAAGCAAAUUUGAUGAGUUGGUUGAAGACAAAGGUGUGAAGAUAUUGAUUGAUCCGAAGGCCCUCAUGCAUGUCGUUGGAACCAAGAUGGAUUUUGUUGACGACAAACUGAGGUCAGAGUUCAUAUUCAUCAACCCAAAUUCUAAAGGGCAGUGUGGCUGCGGAGAAUCUUUUAUGACAGUGAGCAACUCGAAUGCAGCUAAGCGCAGUGGUGAAUCAGGAACAUAAGUCAUCUUGGCUUGGAUACUUGAUUUACAUUUCUAAUUUAUAAGGAUUCCAGUAUCUGAAAAUGCAAGAAAAACAGUUAAGGAUGUAUUUUGGGAGUUUUAAUUUGGUGUUAUUGUAACCAAGUGUAUGUCAGAUGUUCCUAUUUGCUCUGGUUAUGUAUAUUUUGUUGGUGAAUUGGCUUCACUACAUUCAUGAUGUAGAUGAAUGAAAUAAGAAAUUUCCUCAUUUUAUUUC